UUGAAUAGCAUCGUUAUUAUGUAUUCACUAAACCUUGGAGCGCAGUGCGUGGCCGGUGGAGUACGCAGUCGGUGGGGAUCUACGGCGGUGACGAUUGAGCCAAAGCUGUUGCUUAUGUUAAUCAUGGAUGAUGAUUCUGAUGAGUAUGAAUUUGCGAAGUGCAACAUAGCGCUUCUAAAAGAGACGAUUCGUGAAUUGCGCGCGAGUGACACACCGAACGCUAAUUGGCCCCUGCUGCCCGGUCUUCGGGAUGAAUGGGAGCUCUGCGCUGAGACCGAGGAUUCGACCUCGCCCACAGCCUCUGCCAGGAAGCGCGCUUUAUCUUCCAGCUCCGGCAUCAACGUGAAACGAGCUCGCCGCCUGUCUGCGCCCUCCUCCGACCCAGAGGACUCUGCCGGGAGCGAUGUCGCCUCUGAGGCUGACCUCUCCGGCUCUCCGGCUGCCCCGCCGGCCCUGGACACCCCAGCUGUCGCCCGGGUUCCCUCCGACCCGCCGCCGCCCUCCAGCAGUGAACUGACUGUAACCGCCGCGCCGGCCGGUGGAGGGAGCACCGGUGCCGCCGACGGCCCGGUGGCAGCGGUGGACGUGGCGGCGCUAGAGUCUCAGCAGCUGACAGACGCCAGUCACCUGCGGCUGGAGCCAAACCUGGUACUGGUGGCUGCUGAUAGCGCUCUGGACGCUCCGACCGCCGCCCGCUGGCUGCAGCACACGCUCACACCCAAGCUGCUGUCCGGUGAGAUGCCGUCCGCAGAGCUGGCCUCGGCUCUGGUCGGUCUGUCCGGCCGACACCCUGAGCAGAUCAUCGAGCACUGUCUGCUGCCUCUGACGGCCGGAGAACUACUCACCUGUGACGAUCUGGCCACCCGACUGGUCACCGAGGGACUGCAGGAGACCCACCGGAUGCAGCUCGUCAGAUGUCUGUGCGGCCGGCCACUGUCUUCUGCAGCCGUCUCCCUGCUGCUCUCACUGCUGCCCGUCUGCCCACCCUCCGCUGAUCUGGCGACCACCCUCACCGACCGACUGGAGUCCUCAGCCGCCGAGGAGCAGCACCGCUCCAGCGCCGCGUUCGCCCGUCUCCUGCUCCUGACGGUACAGCGGACAGGCCAUCUACUGGACGCCGGCGAGCGAGCGCGGCUGGCGGCGGCCGCUGAGCGGGGUCGUACCGCGCUCAGGAGAGCCGUCCAGGCGGCGCUCAGGAAACUGGAGUGACUGAGGUGAUGCAGUGACUGGUGGUGGAGCGUGCAGUAAUCUCUGGUCAGCGACUCAGUGGCGAUGUGCAAAGGGUGAGCGAGCGAAGUUUCAGUGAGUGUGACGGUGGCGCCGGCAGUGGCUUUGGAGGUGUGGCGGCGGGUCGGACUGGCUGGCCGUGUGUGUUCGAGUCUGUUGUGUGCUGGUCCAGUGGUAUGGUGGCUGGUUGUGCUGUGUUGACUGCUGGGUUCCGAGAUGUGCUGGGCGUGCGUCUGUGAUGCUGGGUAAGGACAGAGCGUCUGCUCUGUUUACUGUGUGUUGUAGGACGAGAUGGCGCUCGGGCUGGAACCGUCCCUGGUAGGUGGUGUAGUGAGCUCUAUCAGCUCUCGAGGCUGCUGGGGAUCGAUCGUGAUGUCUGGACGUCCAGCUGGGUGUAUGAUGCAUGCUCAAUUACAAUACCCACGGUACCAGAUGGCGCACCACUACAGGACGUGACGUCCGCUUCUCGACCUCAGGCAGGCAGCUGGUGUGGCGACAUUGCCUCCCGGCUGUCCUACAACGCUGGGUUCUAGCUCACUACCUGGUGAAUAAGCAGAGGGGCUAUUUUUUUUAACCCUCUGUCAAUAUCCGUUGUCCAAAAACCCCAGUGUUUCGGACAGCGCGUUCUUGCUUCUCGGUCUUCGUUCGGCUGAGCCCUUGGUGCGCGAGUGUGUAACAUUGACCUGCAAUGGGGGUUUACCUCACCGCCAGAGCCUCGUGAUUUACGGACUAGCAAUCAACUGGGGCUCGCCGGUCGGCCUCUGAGGUAUCUACAGCUAAAUUGUGAUAGGUGGAUGACAAUAGCAUGCAUAAUACUAGUGGGUGUUCACGAGGGUGUACAGCCGCGUAUCUAGUAUUUUUGGUUGUCCUGGCAUUGGAAAUGCCUCCGCACUCCUUAUUUUUCUUCUCUCUACGGGCCGCCGCCCUGUCCGGUGAUAUUGCUCCAAGUUUUGGUUGUGUUGGCUGUGUGCGGUGAAGUUCGGUUACUUCUUUGGUGUCAUAAUAGGUCAAGGGGAGGGUACGUGCUGCACGUGGUGAUGGGUGUUUGGGCGCGGUGUGUUUCAGUCACAAAAUGAGAAGAGACAAUAUAUUUGCGCGCUACGACUGCUCA